CAGUGUGAUUUUUGAAAACAUAGUCCACCAUCACUUCUAAGUUUCGUCCUUGCGUAAGAUCUAACUUUCUGGUCAAUUUACUUGAAGUUUUAAAGUAUUGUAUCGGAGGUCAAGCGUAAACAUUUGGGAAUAUUGAGUUUGAUGAUGUCGGAGUCCGCUUCACCAGAAACAGGAGACUUGGUAGAUUUUUCAUCAGGCAUGGAGGAUCAGGAGGAUGUCUCCUCGACUACACCAUCUUUGGAUGACAUUGUAAAAGACGAACCAUCGCCAGAAGGUGAAAACGUGCCUGAUGAAAGAGAAGAAACGUCGGCUGUCGAAGAUCUAGUAUCAGAGCAAGUAGAAUCGGAAGAAAAACCAGAAGAACCAGCCACGAAAGAGCUGACAAGUUGGCCGGCGGUAUGGAUGAAACAAAACGGUGUGGAUCAACGAGUAAUUGAUCUGAUCUACUGGCGGUGUCUGAAGAAAACAGGAAUAGUGGUUGCCAUUGAACUGGUUUUGUUGUUCUCUUUGACCACAUAUACAUUCCUCAGUGUUGUGACCUUCUUCUCCAUGGCGCUGUUAACAGUGUCGCUGCUUUAUAGGGUUGGCAUGACUGUUAUGGGUGCUAUCCAGAAAAGCGGCACUGAGAAUCCCUUCAAAACUGUUCUUGAGAGAGACGUGGAUAUCCCCAAAGAAAAGGCUGUGGAGUUUGUAGAGGCCAGUAUUGAUCAUAUCAACUGUUAUUCCAAGGAACUGAGGCGACUCUUCCUAGUAGAGGAUAUUGUUGACUCCAUCAAGUUUGGACUUUUGUUGUGGGUUCUAUCCUAUGUUGGAGCUUGGUUCAGUGCCUUAACUCUCAUCAUUAUCGGUGUUAUUGUCCUAUUCUCUGUGCCUCGCUUGUAUGAAGAUCAUCAGGAUAAGGUUGAUGAGUACGUCCAAUUGGCUCGAAAGAAAGUUGGAAGCCUCAUUGAACAGGCAAAGUCCAAGCUGCCUGCUAAACUGCAAAAGCAGAAAGCUUCAUAAACACCAAAACUCCAGUUCAUGGAAUUCAAAUGAUUCCAAAAUGAGAUCUGAUUUUCAAGUGUAAUUCUCCCAAUUGCCUGCCUUGCUCCUUAAUUUGUGUGGAUUUUACAUGAAUGUCAGAGAAAGUUGAAAUCUGUUGGAAUUUUGUUUGACACUCUUUACUACAGCAUUGGUAGCAGUCGUUGGUUUUCUUUUUAUGGAAAUGGCUUCACUGAAGAGGUACUGAGUUGAAGACCCAGCCAUGGUGUGAAAUUUUCCUUGAAAGCUUCUUUGUCUCAACUGCUGUGGUUUAAGCUCUAUGAGGUGUUUCCUAUGAAGCUUGGCCAUUCCCUUCAGAACAGAACAUUAAAUAAUUAUUAUUUUGAGCACAUGUAAUAAGGGUUCUUUGUCUGUGAAUGACACUUGUUUAAAAUGAUUGCAGUAAUGAAGUAGAUAGCAUUUUGCAGAGGUUGGUUUUUGAAAAUUGUUGUUAUUUAUAGAUUUUCUUGACAGUGCAGAAUUGUUCAUGCAGAUUUCGUCUACUAUGUCUGUUGAAACUACAGAUAUUAAAGGUUUCAUUUGGGUUGGUUGAAUGAGGAAAAGUGUUAAAACCUUUUUGUCAGGUUUGUGGGUAUUUUGCAGAGAUGAAUUCUCGUUAUGUAGUCUGUUCUCUGAAGGAGUGUGUCCACUGUUGAUAAAUCUGUUAAUAUUGAAAUUUGUGAUGGCUGUAGUUUGCACCUGGAGUCCCAAGAUCACAAGUUUGCUGAAUGGGAUCAGUUUCAUCAUGUGUUAAAAUGAAAUAAGCUGUUUAACUAUAAUACACAUUUGGGAAGUGGGAUGAUAGAGGAACUGUCAACAAGACUGAACUAGAGCAAUGGUAUUUAAUCCAAACUUUUUAUUUGUGUUCCUCAGCAGGCAGGCUUUGUUGUUUGUUGUGGUGAUAUUCUGCAAGUUUUGUGUCUGAUCUUCGAAGUUGAAAUCUAACUAACUCAGCAAAUUUACUUGUUUGCCUCUUUGAAAAUAAACUUGCUUAAGUUGAUGGGAGCACGAAAAAUUUUUUUUAGGUUUUGUUUUGUUUUUCGGAAAUUAGUAAUCUAUGUCAUUUAAAAUAACUAUUGUGAUAUGAUCUGUAUGAGACUGAAUUUACACUCGCUGUAUAAAGGUUCAAUAAGCCAAACGUGUAUAUUAGAGAGAGAGACGUAAUCUGUACCUGCUUUUCAGCAAUACUCAGUUGUAUCGCAAGAGCUGUAGGUCUUUCGGCCAGCAAUCUCACACAGCCGUCGAAGGUGUGAGUACGAAGUUAGUGCGCUGGCCGAAACGAUCACGGCUCACGGAACGCCAUUCGUAGAUUGAGACCUUGUAAGUUGCCAUAUAUGCAGUAAUAAAAAAAAAGUCGAACAUCGCAA